AAAAUUCGUUACAUACUCAGCCCGUUCGCAUUAGUUGCAUAGCGCUAGUCUUUAAUAAUUGAUAGGCUAUAUUGUCAAAAUUUAUAUUUUGUAUAUCAACUAAAAUAAAAUGGUAAAAAAUAAAAUCGCUAUGCUUGAUGUAUCAGAACUAAUGAGACCAGAGUUAGCAUUCGCUUCCAAACCUAUUGGACGAUACAGGGAUUAUAACAUAGACUACGAAGAUCCUAUUAAAGAAAGAGUGAGAAUUACAUAUACAGAGAUGCAUACGAAUCAAACAAUAGAUUAUGUAAAAAAGAAGAUGGCUGAAUGGUUGUCUUUCGAUAAAUUUGAAGCGACUAUUAUGGAAGCAUUAGAAUCCCUCAACGAUUUAGUGGACGAAAGCGAUCCUGACGUAGAUAUUCCUAAUAUUGUUCACGCAUUUCAAACUGCUGAACGUAUACGCGCCGUUCACCCACACCAUGAUUGGUUUCAUUUGGUUGGUUUGAUACACGAUUUAGGGAAAGUGAUGGCUUUCAAAGGUGAACCUCAGUGGAGUGUGGUUGGUGAUACAUUUCCUGUUGGAUGUGCAUGGGCAAAUUCUAUAGUUUAUAAAGACACCACAUUUAACAAGAACCCAGACACCUAUGACCCAAGAUACAAAUUUCAUUCAUUUUACCCAUGGCACUCAGGUGGUGACUAUGAUUAUUUAUGCAAUGAAGAUGAUUUGGAAAUGAAGAAAUGGGUCUUAGAAUUUAAUAAGUUUGAUUUAUAUACUAAAGGAGGUGUCAUACCAGAUGUAAAAGAAUUGAAGCCAUAUUAUCAAUCAUUGAUCGAUAAAUACAUUCCAGGAUUACUUAAGUGGUACGCUUUAAAUUUUAGUAAAAUGAUUUUUAAAACAUGUGAAGUAAUUUUAUGUUCAAAUAAAAGAUUAAUUUUUAGAUGCAACUCUAAUUUUGUACCAAAACAUAAGCCUGUGCAAUCAUCUGAUGUAAAUACUCUUGAUCGGUUCAUUAAAGAACACAAAAAAAUUCUUGUAUUAACUGGUGCUGGAAUAUCAACUGAAAGUGGUAUACCUGAUUAUCGUUCUGCUGAUGUUGGGUUAUAUGCAAGAAGUAAAAAUCGCCCAGUAAUAUAUCAACAAUUUGUAAAUGAUCCAGAAGUUCGUAUACGUUAUUGGGCUAGAAAUUAUGUGGGAUGGCCUAGAUUUUCAUCAAUGUCACCUAAUUAUGCACAUGAGUUUCUAAAAAAAUUGGAAGAUAAAAAUAAAAUUGUUCAUAUUAUUACUCAGAAUGUUGAUAACUUGCAUACAAAAGCAGGAAGUAAGAAUGUUCUUGAAUUGCAUGGAACUGCUUAUGUUGUACAUUGCUUAAAUUGUGAUUAUACAAUUGAUAGACAUCGAUUUCAAGAUGUUUUAUCAAGUUUAAACCCUCAAGUUUCCAUUAAAGAAUUGUACAAUCUCAGGCCUGAUGGUGAUGUUGAACUCACUCCAGAAGAAAUUAGCGGAUUCAAGGUUCCCAAAUGUCCAAAAUGUGAAGGAAAUUUAUUAAUUCCACACAUUGUUUUUUUUGGAGAUAACAUUCCAAAAAAACGCGUUCAGAGAGUGAAUGAAUUUGUAGAACAAUGUGAUUCACUCUUGGUUAUGGGCUCAUCUCUAUUUGUGUAUUCAGGUUAUAGAAUAGUUUUAGAAACAAAAUCAGCUAAUAAAUCUGUUGCUGUAGUAAAUAUAGGACCAACUAGGGCUGAUGAUUGUAUAAAUUUUAAAAUUGAAGCUAAAUUUGGUGAAAUAUUACCAUUAUUAAAUCUUUAAUCUAUCUUUAAGAUUUGAUUAUUGUAACCAUUAUAUAUUUUCAAUAAAAAAAAAUAUAUUGUUUUUUUACUUUUA